AUGGCUUCAAAGGCGGCUGGUAGUCUGAUCUCUAAGGCCGGUCGACCGGCGUCGCGCAUUCAACCCCCACAGAGUCAUCGUCUUCUAUCGUCGAAUCCUGUACAAGCCCAAGCACAAACUCUUCUACAAGACAAAGAGAACGGGUUCGGCUUCAUCCGUCACAACCCUCGCACCCCGAAGCCUCGGACCCAAGGCGUCACCGAGAUUCGAGGUCCGUACUACUCUGCCUACGGCAAGCGUCACUUACAAGAUGUGCUCGAGACAAUGGGUUACCACAUUGACGGGCUCAAAUUCGCAGGGGGAAGUUUCUCAAUGAUGCCCGAACACGCCGUGCGGGAGCUGGUUGACCUUGCACACGAGCAUCAAGUCUACGUGAGCACCGGUGGAUGGAUGGAACAUGUCCUCACACAGCCUGAUGCCCCCACCGCCGUCGACAAGUACCUGAAGAAGUGCAAGAACAUCGGGUUCGACGUGGUUGAGCUGUCUUCGGGGUUUCUGUCGUUCCCACCGGACGACUGGCUGCGGCUCGUCGACAAGGUCCACAGUAUGGGCCUGAAGGCCAAGCCGGAGUUGGGCAUCCAGUUCGGAGCGGGUGGCGACACGGCAGCAGAGGACCUGGAGGCCACAGGCACCUCGGAUCCCAGCAAGGUGAUCAACCUGGGGAAGAAGUUCGUCGAAGCCGGCGUCGAACGCAUGAUGAUCGAGAGCGAGGGGAUCACGGAGAACGUCAAGAGCUGGCGAACAGAUGUCAUCCAAGCCACCCUCCGAGAUCUGCCGCGGGAGAAGGUCAUGUUUGAGGCGGCCGACCCGCCCGUCUUCAAUUGGUAUGUUCGCGAGUUUGGCAUCGACGUCAACCUGUUCGUGGAUCAUUCUCAGAUCGUGCAGUUGACUUGCCUUCGGAGCGGCAUUUGGGGCAUGGCCGAUACCUUUGGUAAGAUUGUUAGCUAUCGCGAUUGA